UACAGCAGACAACGUGUUUUGAGUGUCUUUCUGAUCUGUGGAUUUUUGAUCAGCGCUUCUUAGUGUAGUUUUCUACAAUGAUGUGCCUCCUGUGAAGUGAGAGGUUCGUCGCUGGCUCUGCUAGUGUGUGCUUGAAGACUCCUUGAAGCUAAGAAAAUCACAGAAGCGACGAGUCGGUAAAAAUGGCAGAGACUGAGACAACACUUCUCGUGGGAAAGCGGGCUAACAAUGCCCCAGACGAAACAUCGCCCAGUUCUGCAGAAGAUGCCAAGUUCUCCUCCAAGCUGGGGAUGUUCCUGACGUCCAUCGGGUGUGCGGUGGGGACAGGGAACGUUUGGAGGUUCCCGCGGAUCGUCGCCAACAACAGCGGAGAGAAAGGAGGUCUACAGUUCCUGCUAGUCUGGGUGGCGUUCCUGUUCCUGUGGUCGAUCCCGCUCAUCGUGCUGGAGUACGCCGUCGGGCGGUUCACCAAGAGGGCGGCCCCGACGACUUUCUACAGACUCCUCGGUGGGAAAACCACCUGGAUGGGCCUCUGGAUCAACAUGAUCAACUUUCUUGUUGGUGGCUACUACAGCGUGCUGGUCGGCUACACACUGUUCUACAUGGUCCACUGCAUGUUCUUCCCACUGCCGACAACUCUGCAGGACAGCCAAGCCAUCUGGAGGGGGUUCGUCGAUGAAAGUAGUCUGCCUGUUGCCACCCAUUUCGUGGUGACCCUGGGCUGUACCAUUGUGAUCUGGAGGGGAGUGGAGAGUAUAGAGCGGGUGAUGAAGUUCAUCAUCCCGUGGUUGUUGGUGCUGGUUCUGGUGAUCUUCAUCUGGACAUUGACAUUGACCGGCGCAUGGCAAGGGGUAGUGUACCUUUUCACGCCAGACUGGGCUUUGUUGGGAACCCCGAGACUGUGGGUGGACGCGCUAUCCCAGAAUGCAGUGGACACAAGCGCGGGCUGGGGCCAGUAUCUGGUCUUGGGGACGAGCAUGGCCGCCAAUCAGGGCGCGGUGCAGAUGGGCGUUCUCGUUCCCACGGCCAACAACGCUAUCAGUCUGAUGAGCGCGGCGAUGACCUUCGCCACAGUGUUCUCCAUGUACACCAGGCUGAACCAGGGACAGUCGGCAGGGGGCGCUGUGAAACUGCUCAAGGAGAACGGACCGGCCAACACUGGGCUUACUUUCAUCUGGAUGCCGAUCUUGUUCUCCAACAUGACGGGAGGCCGCGUCAUCGCCUCACUAUUCUUCCUGGCGCUGGCCAUGGCGGGGGUCAGCAGUUACGUCAUCAUGAUCAACACUUCCGUGCAGCCAUUGGUGGAUCUGGGACUGAGGAGGGAAGUGUCUGUGGUAUUGCUGAGUCUGUUGUCUUUCCUUCUCGGCAUCCCGAGCGCACUGAGCCCCAAGGUUCUGGCUAACCAGGAUUUUGUGUGGGGCGCAUCUCUGAUCUUCUCAGGGCUGAUGUUGGUGUUCCUGUUCUGGAGAUACGGGUCGUCUGAUUUCAGGGUCAAUCUGGUCAAUCAGGCAGGCGCCGAGGAUGGUGACUGGAAAGUUCCCAAAGCCUACGAAUGGCUCGUCAAGUAUGUCCUGCCCAUUGAGGGAACAGUUGUUGUUGUGUGGUGGGUUGUCCACACCGUACAGAAAGAGACAGUCCCCUGGUACGAGAUCGGCAUCGAUACGCUGACGACAGCAUUCCUAGAGUGGACAAUACUUUUCACACUUCUCAUCGGACUGAACAUCAUCCUCUGCGUCUUCCAACCACAAGUCUCGCACUGGUGGAGGUCCUUGGCUGCUGCCAGUCAUGACAACUUUUCCAGGUGUUGUAAGAAGAGGAAACGGGAAGAUGAUAAAGACAUCGGACUCGAGGAGUUGAACCCCUCUUCUCAAGCCAAAAACGUGGGAUAUGAUACACUACAGAGAUGA